AUGUCUUCUCGCGUGGGCCUCCGAUUCCUCAACAACACUCGCUUUGCCUUCCGCAAUGCCUCCGCCCCAUUCCGCCGGUCGGGUGCCCAGGGCUUCCGCUUCUCCAGCUCCGAAGCCGGUGCCGCAGAGCAGCAGAGCACCUUCCAGCGCAUGUGGAACAGCCCUGUCGGUGUGAAGACCGUCCACUUCUGGGCUCCCGUUAUGAAGUGGUGCCUCGUCAUCGCCGGUAUCUCCGACUUCGCCCGUCCCGCCGAGAAGCUCUCCCUCACUCAGAAUGCCGCCCUCAUGGGUACCGGUGCUAUCUGGACUCGCUGGUGCUUGAUCAUCAAGCCCCGUAACGUUCUGCUUGCCGCUGUCAACUUCUUCCUCGGAUGUGUUGGUGCCGUCCAGGUUUCCCGUAUCUUCAUGUGGCAGCGCAGCCAAGAUGGAUCUUCCGCCGCUGCCGCCAAGGAGCUCGAACAGGAGGCCGUUGGCUCCGUCAAGGCUGUCGCCGACCAGGCUGAGGGUGCUGUUCAGAAGGUUGCCGACAAGGUUGAGAAGUCCACCUAA